AUGGAUGUCGAAUCUUCACCGUUAUCACUAUACAAGACAUUCUCUUUUAGAAGAACUAGUAUAAACUCCAAAAUAUCUUCAUUUAUACCUUCAACUCCUAAAAAAAUGAAGAAAAGGUCAAAUAUUCCACCUCCUUUAGAAUUAGAUCAACCUUUAUUAACACCUCCUCCAACUAUCAAAAAGGCAAGAGUUCAUGAUAAUUGGGAUAUCAUUUCAAAUUUAAAAUCUCCAUUAGUUUCAACUCCAUCAUUAUCUUCACCAACUUUAAAUGUUAAAGCUUCUUCAAUUCAACAGAAAAAAUCAUAUAUAAAUUCCCAAUGUUGUAUAUGUGAAGAACCAUUAUUAAAUAAAUUCACAAAUGAAAAAAUUAUUGAAUUAAAUUGUGAUCAUCAAACUCAUUAUAAUUGUUAUUCAUAUUUAUUACAAGAAUCUGAAUUGGAAACUCCUCAAUGUUUGAUAUGUCAAAAAGAUACAUUACCAAAAGAUUCUUCAAUAUUUGAUGAUUUAAAUUUACAAAAAUUAGUUAAUAGUUCAUCAUCAUCAUCAAGUUCAACAAAUUCUACAUUUACUACAAUUCAUAAUAAUGUUAAAAGUCCAUAUACACCACAAAAUCAAGUUAUUGAAAAUUAUGGAUCAAAUGGUUUCCAAGAAUCAUAUCAAUCAACUCCAUUACAACAAGAAAUUACAGAUUCAAUUUAUGAAUUUAAUGAUUCAUCACCAAUCUUGGGAGAUUCUUCAAAUUAUUCAAUUGAAGAUUUAAUAAAACCAAAAGUUCAAAUAAUACCUGAAACAAAUAAAUUAAUGGCUGAUUUAAAUGAAUCAACUAUAGAUUUCACUUCAAUUUUAAACAUUUCAACAACAAAACUUUCUUCAAAUCAUUGUGAUCAUGAUGACGAGGGCUUAAGAACAAAGAUUAAUAACAAAAUUAUCAAAAAUUUUAUAAAUGAUAUUAAAGAUUUUAAAGGUUUAUUACCACAAACUUUCCAAGAUUUAAAAAUAUUUGAUUCAUUUGAAAUUUCAAUGGAUGGUUCAACAAAUUGGGAAAAAGUUCAAUGUUUUGUUUUCCAAAAAUUUAUACUUAUAUUAAAUUCCAACGGGGAUGAAAUUUUGGGUACUAUAAUCCUAGAACAUUUCCAUAAAAUUGUUCAAAAUUCAAAUAUAACAAUAACUUUAAUCUUUUCAACUCAAUCAGUUCCAGAAUUAACAAUCCGUUCCAAGAAUAAAAUCUUAUUAACAAAAUGGUUUGAUUAUUUUGAUAAUAAAAUUAGUUCAAUUGAAGAUGUUACCACACAAAUUCCAAUUGUUCAAAUAACAACAAAUUUAUGGUGGUUAUUAGAUAAUGAUCCUCAAAUUUCAAUCCCAGAAGAUAUAAUUAAAUUUAAUGAAUUAAGUGCCCUUGGUUUAGAUUUACCUUUUGGUAUAAUGGAAAAAUUAUUACCAAGACCUCAAAGAUUAGGAAUUUAUAUGAUUUUAGUUAUAUCAUUAAAUAAUAAUACUGGGGAUUCAAAUGAAGUUUAUUUGGAGAAAAUUCAAAAAAUGCUUAAAGAAACUUUGAGAGUUUUGAAUCCAAGAGAUAAAUUAGGUCUUGUUAUCUUGGGAAGAAAUGGACAAAGAGAAGCUGGUUCUUAUAAUAGUUCAUUUUUCGGUAUGAUUGGUUCAUCAUGGUCAGGAUGGGAUGAAAUUAUUGAUGAAUUAGAAAUUUAUAAUGAUUUAAAAAUUGAUGAAUUAAAUAUUGGUUUGAAAACUUGCGAUAAAUUAUUAAAACAUUUUUUGGAAUUUGAUUCAAAUACUAUUAAAAAAAUUGUAAUGUUGAAUAAUGAUGAAUUUAUUGAAGGGUUAACAGAAUUUGAUUGUCUUGAUAGACUUUAUGAUUUAGGUUUUACUAUUCAUCAUUGUGCUCUUGGUGGGUUUGAAAAAUUAUCACAAGGUGUUAUAGAAACAAUGGAAUCAAAUAGCGGUUAUAAAUAUGAAUUUGAAACUUUUUCAAAUAUUGAUGAAUUUACUCAGGGUUUUGAAACUGGAUUAUUUAAUAAAUUUUCAAAAGUUUUAUUACCAGAAUUUAAAAUUGAAUUAUCAUCUGCUAGUAAUUUAACAACAUCAGAUUUUAUAUCAAUAUCAAAAUUUGAACAAAAUUGUGAAUUGAAAUCAUUACCAAGUAAUUCAAACAAUUUCCAAUUGAAAUUAUCAGAUAUUUAUGAUGGUUAUUCACAAAAUUUUAAAUUUCAAAUAUCAUUAGAUUUAAAAAAUUUACAAAAACAUUUCCAAUUCCCAUUAAAUGAAUACAUUGAAAUUCCAAUUUUAAACUAUGAAUACCAAGUCCUAAAUCAAACAUAUCAACAAUCUUUCAAUAUUAAACUAAAAUUAAUUCAAGAUUCUUUAGAUACAAUUUUUUCACCAAUAAAACAAUAUUUCCAAAAAGAAGAAGAAGGUGAUUUAGAUUUUAUUGAUAUUCCAAUUUAUGCCCCAUUAUCAUCAUUUAAAGAUCCAAUUUAUGUGCUCAAAAACAUGGAAUUAAUGAUUUUAGAAAAUUUACAAAAUGAUAUGGAUCCAGAACAAAUAAUUUCAAUGAUUUUUGGAAUGAGAAAAGAAUUAGAUACUUCAAUUAAUGGUGGAUGUUUUAAUGAAAAUACUCAAUUAGAUGAAAUGUUUAAUGGUGAUGUUGAUCAAUAUUUAAGAGUUUUAGUUCAUUGUUUGAAAACUUUUAAUGAAAAACCAAAUUUAAAAUAUGAAUUUAUUCAUUGUUUUAAGACUAAAGGAAUGUUAGAUCAAGGUGUUUUAGCUAAAUUCCAAUAA